AUAGGUGAGAUCUUGUUUACAUAAACAUCGGUUGCCGAACGGGCUCUGUUGUCAAUGUUCUCUAUUUCCAUCCGCUCAGUCUUGCUGAUCAUGGGAGAAAUUUCCUCCCUGACUCGAGUGAUGAAUUACUCAGUAGUUUUUCUGGAGACGAUUGGACUGAGCCAUGGUCAUAAUCAGGGAGAUGGUUCAACGACAGGUUAUACACCGAGGGUACCGAGUAUGAAUUCAAGCCUCCUUGGGGAAUUCCCGGCCAUGGUAUAGCCGCUGCGCCGCAUAAUCGGAAGACGAGCAACCUCAGUCGGCUGUCCAUGUCAUCCAUGCAUCUCAUGAUCACUUCAAAUUCUUGUUUUUACCAACAUCACAUCUUACCAUUAGUAUCCGGUUGCAAUUAUCCGGGCCCCCAGCAUUACGGUCGUUCCCCACUGUUAUAAAUGUCCCGGAUUCAUCAUUUGGAUCAGGCGUGUCUUCACCCAUCACAGGGAUGCGCCAAGUCCACCUCGCCGUGCUCCUUGGCUUUGCCGCUUUUGCCACAGCUUUGCCAUCACCCUCCACCACCCAUUACAAUCAUCGCUCAACCAAGGAUGCCAAAGUGCUAAUCCUUGGAGGAGGUGUUGCUGGCGUCAUUGCCGCCCGCACAUUACACCGCAAGGGCAUUGACGACUUCCUGAUCGUCGAAGCGCGUGAUGAGCUCGGUGGAAGGAUGCAGAAUUAUACAUUUGGCGUCCCUGGAAAGCAGUACACCAUCGAACUCGGUCCUAAUUGGAUCCAGGGAACGCAAACGGGCAGUGGGCCAACUAAUCCUAUUCUGACGCUCGCUCGAAAGCAUCAUGUCAAGAACGAGUAUAAUGACCUUUAUGGUAAUAUCACGACUUAUGACUAUAAUGGCCUCAAAGACUAUCAGAACAUCUUCGAUACGUCAAUUGAUCAAUUCACUCAAAUCGUAGUUGAUGCAGGGGAACGCGUCAAGUUGCAGCAGGUUGACCUCGGCCUUCAAAGCGCAUAUGGUAUCGCCAGUGCAACUCCAAAGAACAUAUACGAAGCAGUUUGUCAGUAUUAUCAAAUCGACUGGGAAUGCAAGUUUGCCCCAGACCAGAAUUCGUGGAUAGCAUCAGCCUGGAACAACAACUUUACCUUUGACGUCGAUAUGGGUGGCUUCUCAGACGAGAAUAACCUCUGCAUCGACCAGCGUGGCUUCAAAACCAUCAUCCAGGCCGAAGCUGCGGAGUUUCUUCAACCUGAGCAAGUCUCCCUGAAUUCUGUUGUCACGACGAUUGCAUAUAGCGGGGAUGGGGUGACAGUCACACUAGAAAAUAGUACUACUCUCACCGCGGACUACGUGCUUUGCACGUUUAGUCUUGGAGUACUGCAACAUGGUGACAUCGCGUUUAAACCUGAUCUUCCUUCGUGGAAGACGGAGGCCAUUCAGAGCAUGGUCAUGGCUACGUAUACCAAAAUCUUCUUGCAGUUCGAAGAAAAUUUCUGGUUUGAUACUGAGAUGGCCAUCUAUGCAGACAAGGAACGGGGAAGGUAUCCGGUUUGGCAGAGUCUUGACCACGUCAAAUUCUUCCCUGGUUCUGGUCUCGUCUUUGUGACCGUCACUGGUGAUUUCUCACUGCGCAUCGAGGGCAUGGAAGAUUCAGACGUUCAAGAGGAAGUCAUGGAAGUCCUCCGAGCCAUGUACCCAAACAUCACCGUCCCUGAUCCUGUCGCAUUCCAUUUCAAACGCUGGAACGCGGACCCUCUCUUCCGCGGCUCCUACUCCAACUGGCCCCCUUCUUUCCUUCCCGGUCACGCAGAAAAUCUGAGGGCUACGGUAGACAAGAGCCUCUGGUUUGCGGGUGAAGCUACGAGCUUGAAGUAUUACGGUUUCCUUCAUGGUGCAUAUUUCGAGGGGUUGAACGCUGCGAAGGAGAUCGCCAAGUGCGUUGAGGGCCCUGCAUGCACCGGACGGGAGCAUUUGAAUAGUGUGGUUGAUGCUUCUCCCUAUCCGUUCGUGUCUAUUACGCCUUAG